GAGUUUCUGUUUCCAGUUUUCUUAUCUUCACAACUGGAGAUAUAAAAAGCACUGUUGCGCAGCGUAAAAUAAAUGAUGAAAGCUUGUCUCCGAUUACGUUGCUGAACUAGAAUUUUUUUUAAAUAUUUAUUCGAAGUAGAGUUCGCUCUGAUAUUUAUUCUAAAUCAGUGCUGUUUGUUCGAAAAUCAUGAGUUUCUUCGGUGAGCACCCACCAAUUAACGCUUUGUCGAAUUUCGACAUUGAAUUGCAGUAUUUUUAUAGUGAGCUUCUUUCAGCGAUGUUGAAAAACGAGAAAUUAAAGAAAACUGUUCUUAAAUCUCUAGGUAAAGACAGAAUCAGGCAUAUUCGGAAAAUUAGUUCCAAGGUUUCUCUUCAAUAUACUGCCUAUAUAUCCCGUUAUGGUCCGUGCUAUACAUCGGCACUAGCGAAUUAUAUGUUGCGUAUGGUUAAAGACAAUCCUUUUAUUUUUCGAGAUGCUCUUUGGAAAAGGUGCGUAAAUAUCUGCUGUUUCGGAAAUGCUGUUUCGGAAAUUGUUGCCAUCUGUAAAAUAUUCAGCCUGGCUCAAGACGGAUUCUGGGAAUGUUCUCGGAAACCCCUAAAAAUAAAUGUGACAAUUGCUGGUAAAACUCUUCACCACACGAAGGCUACCACAAAUACCUUACAACUAUUGUUAAAAAUGAACAAUAUUUUGGACACUUCAAAGAUGGUCGUUAGUGUUCAACAUGUCAACGCGAAUCCUGCUAAGCUCUUAAAAAGUUCAUUAGUGAAAGUUCUGAAAGAGGCAGAUUUGGUUACAAUGGUGAAAUACGUAUCCACAAAUCGAGUUGGAACAGUUAUGGAGCAAUUCAUAUGGGAAGUAGCUGAUAAUAUGAAGAUAGGUGGCACUCUAUUUUUCUUGGAUACUGGCAUGAUUCAACAGUGUAAGCUACUUCAAAAAGUGCUUGAGCCUUUGAAUGACUUUAAGAAUAUUUACGGGCCAAACAAUAUAGAACCUUUUUGUAUCAGCAUAAAAUCUGUUCAAAAAUCUGUAGAACUUUUUUGGUCCAGGUUCCAAGGUAACAUUUGCCUUACUGGUUGCAUUGUCAAUUCCUGCGCUUGGAUGAAGUCGGAAUCAACACCCGCUGAGAAGGAAACUGGAUUUACGAAGAAGAAUUCCAAAUUGUCUCGCAAAACAAUGAUGGAAAAGGUUAGAAAAGCUAAGGAAGAAUGGUGCCAAAAUAUGCAAAAAAGCCAGAAAGCUUUAGAAGAGUAUCACCGACAAGUUCGCCAAAUUAUGCCCAAUAAAAACAGUUUAAAAGAAGACGAUUUUUGCUUCUUUUUAGAUUACCCAAAACAUAAUGAAACCAUUUUAUUCAAAAGUAAAUCGAAAAGUAGAAGAGUUUAUCUUGAUGAUAGAGCAGAUUUUUCUGUCGCAUGAUUGACUAUUGUACUAUUUUUCUUAUCACGAUAGUAUUUAGUGGUAAAUUGUUUUUAAACAUAAAUUUCUAUUUGUAAUGAAUUAUAUUGUAAAUAUGAAGAAUGCCUUGUUAUAAAUGAAAUAAAUAUUUAUU